AUGUCUUCAGCACCUGAGCCCCCAGCCUUUAAAAAGGAUUCACCCAAAGAGAAAGACUUUCGAAACCCAGGACUCAGAGGAGUCCGCACAACAACCUUAUUUCGAGCUGUGAAUCCAGAGCUUUUCAUUAAACCUAGCAAAUCGAUAAUGGCUUUUGGAUUGCUAACUCUUUCACUUUGUGUGGCUUAUAUCGGUUAUCUACAUGCAACACAAGAGAAUAAAAAGAACCUCUAUGAAGCUAUUGAUAGUGAGGGACACAGUUACAUGAGGAGGAAAACUUCUAAGUGGGAUUAA